GCCGCAGAAUGAACAACGAGCACAGACGAGCUCGUUACUGCUUUAUUCCGCGGAUAUGUGGUCGUGUGCCAGCUUGUUUUAACCUUCUCUCAUUUCGUCUUUCUAGGGAGAAGAAAAGAAGGAGAAUAGCGGCGCUGACUGAGAACAUGGCAGUUGAAGGUUGCAGUGUAGCUGACUGGGAUGGCCGCUGGAGUCAUGUGCAGAAGUUCCUGGAGAGAACUGGCCCCUUCACGCACCCGGACUUUGAACCUAGUGAGGAGACGUUACAGUUUCUGUUGGAAACAUGCAAAAUCCUGGUCAUUGGAGCUGGGGGUCUUGGCUGUGAACUACUGAAAAACCUGGCGCUGUCAGGUUUUCGGCAUAUUCAUGUUGUGGAUAUGGACAUCAUUGAUGUCUCCAACCUCAACAGACAGUUCCUCUUUAGGUCCAAAGAUGUUGGACGACCUAAAGCAGAUGUGGCAGCUGAGUUUAUAAACCAGCGUGUUCCUGGUUGUAAUGUUGUACCACAUUUUAAAAAAAUUCAGGAUUUUGAUGCGUUGUUUUAUAGACAGUUUCAUAUUAUUGUUUGUGGGCUGGACUCAAUCAUUGCCAGGCGCUGGAUCAAUGGGAUGCUGUUGUCCCUGCUCUCUUAUGAAGAUGGAGUUUUGGAUCCCAGUUCUAUCGUUCCUCUGAUCGAUGGAGGGACAGAGGGCUUUAAAGGGAAUGCCAGAGUCAUCCUGCCAGGAAUGACAGCCUGUGUAGACUGCACACUGGAGCUUUACCCACCACAAAUCACUUUCCCAAUGUGCACUAUUGCUUCAAUGCCACGGCUACCAGAGCACUGCAUAGAGUAUGUGAGAGUGCUGCAGUGGCCCAAAGACAAACCUUUUGGAGAUGCUGUUGGUCUGGAUGGUGAUAACCCAGAGCACGUUCAGUGGGUCUUCCAGGAGUCUUUAAAGAGAGCCGCUGAAUUUAAUAUCACCGGUGUCACCUACAGACUCACUCAAGGUGUGGUUAAGCGAAUCAUCCCUGCUGUUGCAUCCACAAAUGCAGUCAUCGCUGCUGCUUGUGCCACAGAAGUUUUUAAAAUUGCUACAAGCGCAUAUAUCCCAUUGAAUAACUAUCUGGUUUUUAAUGAUGUGGAUGGAUUGUAUACAUAUUCUUUUGAAGCAGAGCGAAAGGACAACUGUACAGCAUGUAGCCAGGUUCCUCAAAAACUACAGUUCCCACCGUCUGCUAAACUGCAAGAGGUGCUGGAGUAUCUGACUGAGAAUGCUUCUCUUCAAAUGAAGUCCCCAGCUAUCACUGCAACACUUGAAGGCAAAAAUAAAACACUCUACCUGCAGACCAUCGCCUCAAUUGAAGAAAGAACAAGACCCAAUCUCUGCAAAACUUUGAAAGAGCUGGGAUUGGCUGAUGGACAGGAGUUAGCUGUUGCUGAUGUCACCACACCUCAGACUGUCCUCUUCAAGCUCAACUUCACGUCAGAAACAUGCAGCAUUAAACAAGUGCAAAAUUAAUUUCAUGGAAGGGGUUCCUCAAAUUCACCUGCAACAGCUUAUUUGCAGCAUAUUUCAAACAACUCCGCAUUUUGUCUGUAUUUCCUUUCAUCGUGUAUUGCUUUCUUAUUAAUUUGUAACGCAUAAUUUAUUAGGGAUGUUGUCGUUUUAACAACCAACAGUCCAGGCAAUUUUAGGAUUAUUAUGCAAGGAUGAUGAGACCUGUACCACAAAGCAAAUUAAACUAGUUAGAAUUAAGGACUACAAAGGUGGAUUAGGAAUAGUAACGGUGGAAUAGUAGCAAACACUGCACAACUAACUUAGUCUAGUACAAGUUAAUCCCAGUCACAGGUAACAAACAUGUAUUUGACCAAUCAGCAUGUUUCGGACAUGCAGUGAAGUCCCUCAUCCUGUAUCUUUAACUCUAUGUUCAUAAUGAUCUCUUAUGCUGUAUAAGUGUUCUUUGUGUGUUUUUUAUGUAUAAUGAACAAUGAAAAAACAAUCCUGUAUUAAAAGCCUUUAAAUAGUUUUGUAGUACAGGUCUCUGGUAAUCCUGUGUUGCAUUUUUUAUUAUGUAGCACUUUACAGUAAGGUCUCGUUAGUUUAACAUCAGCUGAUGCUUUUACUAUAAAUGAGCCACAUAUUCAUUACGGUAUUUAUUGACCUUAGUUAAUAAAAAUACUGAAAGCUAUUCAUUGUUAUUUUGUGUUAGUUUAGCUAAUGUUGAUAUUAGCAGACAGCUUGAUUUUAAUAAUGCUAAAAAAUAAAGCGUUUAGUCGGUUUCUUGGAUGGGGCUUAGCCUAAACCAGGAUUAGGCCAUAGUUUAAUUAGGAUAUUUAAGUAAUUUUCAUAAACAUGAAACAUGGUGUGCAUCGUAAGGCAAAACAAAGGCACUGACAUGUUGUAAGAUCAGUCAGUGCAUGAAACAGCUCAGAUUUACAUUUAGUCUAGUAACUAGGCUUAAGCCUUGUCUGUGAAACCAGGGGCUAGUGUUUUAUUGUUGUUAGUUUGAAAACUAUAGUUAACCGAUGAUAACAAAUAGAACCUUAGUGUAAAGUGUUACCAUUUUAAUUUUAUUUCUCUUGUAAAAUGUUUAAGUUAAUGUUUGUACAUAUUGUUUACGCAGAGGAUUGUAAAUUAAUUUGAGCUAUAAUAAAUUCUUUGCUGUUAUUUAA